AUGACUGUCGAUCCCAGUAUCCAGGAAGUGACACAAAAUGUCGAACCUCCUCAGGUCGCCCCCCAUCGUUCCCACGAUCCCAGCAACAACCUGAAACGGAGCGACCCCUUUCAAUUCGGUUCGCGAUUCCUUGAAAAAGGCGAUGAUGUUUUCGAGUUCAAUGCCUGGGAUCAUGUUGAACCAGAUGAUGAGUUCAAGGCCUUCGCCCAGACCCAAUAUGCGAAACAGCGCGAAACACGCGUGUCAGACUUUGAUUGCAACCGAUUCAACGCCAACCCCGCCAAGUGGUGGGACCUUUUCUAUAAGAACAACACAGCCAACUUCUUCAAGGAUCGCAAGUGGCUGCGCCAAGAGUUUCCCAUUCUCGCUGAAGUCACACAGAAGGAUGCUGGUCCCCAGGUCGUCCUGGAGGUUGGCGCGGGAGCUGGAAACACCGCCUUCCCAUUGAUAGCUAACAACGAGAACGAGCACCUGAAGGUCCAUGCCUGUGAUUAUUCCAAGUAUGCCGUGAAGGUCAUGCGCGAGAGCGAGCUCUACAACGAGAAAUACAUGUCAGCUGAUGUCUGGGACGCGGCUGGCGUGCCUGACGAGAACGGCGAUUCUCUUCCGCCCGGUCUGACCGAAGGCUCAGUUGACGUUGUCAUUAUGAUCUUCAUCUUUUCUGCCCUGGCUCCUAACCAGUGGGACCAGGCAAUCCGCAAUGUCUACCGUCUCUUGAAGCCCGGUGGCCGUGUGUUGUUCCGUGAUUACGGCCGUGGUGACCUCGCCCAAGUGCGAUUCAAGAAGGGUCGAUACAUGGCCGAGAAUUUCUAUGUUCGAGGUGACGGCACACGCGUCUACUUCUUCGAUCAGGAUCAACUGGUUGACAUGUGGGGUACCUGGAGCGCGGAAAACGGCUUGCAGAUUCCCAUUGGUGAUGAGAACACCACCGAAGAAGCGUCCGAGAAAACAACAGAUGAGCCAUCUGCAGAGGCUAAACAACUGGCAAAGGAGAAAGGAGCGUUUGAGGUCCUUAACAUGGGAGCCGAUCGGCGGUUGAUUGUCAAUCGUGGCACCAAACAAAAGAUGUAUCGCUGCUGGAUGCAGGGUAACUUCCUGAAGCGCGGUGGAGCUAAGGCCGAGGCUGCUACCGAAAGCACCCAAUAA